AUGGGCAAAAAGAGGUAUUUUUGCAGUCACUGCAAUGAUUUUGUGAGUCGAGGUACGCGAUCAAGACAUCUAAAAGAUCUUGCAGCAACAAAUGAAGCUUUCUUUGACAGUGACAAUACAGGGGCAUCCAACGACAAUUUUCGGAAAAUAUCUGUUCGGAAGACGAUUUAAGAUCUAGCAUUUUCGGAACAUUUGUUGUAAAAUUUCUUGCUUGUUUGCCUCUCCUAGGAUUUUCGAACAUCUGAAAAAUGGUAUAAUUACCCAUUUUUAACGGAUUUUUACCCUAAAAAGGUCACCUAGAAUUUUCGGGAGCCUUUUUUCUGGCUGAAAUUUUGGAAAAGCUAAGUUUUGAUCCCUAUAAUUUUCGGAUCACUAGACUUUCAGCUAGGAAAUCCGAACAGAUGAAACAUUUUUAGGGGAUAAAAAUAUGCCUUUAUCUACCGUUUAGAUACUAAAAUAGUUUAACAAUGCUAUGUUUAAGUGGUUUUGAACUUUAUUCUCGUUGGGUGCCCCUGACAAUAGCGAAGUGCCAUCUGAAAGCGAUCGGGAAGAUCUUGGUGCGUUUGAGGACAACUUAGAAUGCCAAAGUGGCCAAGACAAUCGCAAUCGCAGCUCAAACGGUAAAGCUAAUAAUCUUAGCCGUGAUAGAAAAUGGUAAGAUUUCCGCGUUCCCCAUACAUAUAUGUAUUAUGUAACAUAAAUCCCACGAACAUCCAACGAACCGACGAACUGGUAACUUUUUUGUAGGGGAGGGCUCAUUUUCAGGUCAAGCCUGCGCCUUUGACCUUUAUUUUUCUGAAGAGGAUAAUGUUUGGGGUUAUUAUAGAAAUCUUACCAAAAUUACUUAAAAUUUGCCAAGACCUUGGCACAAGAGUACGAAUUUUCAUGCAAUUAUAAUUCUUAAAUUUUAAUCUUAUUUCUUAAAUUUAAUGUACAUUUUUAAUCUUUUAUGUAUACCGUAGUAAGAUAAGAAUGAUUAUAUUUUUUAGUAUACACGACCCCUCAACCCUUGACCUCUACAAUACCGGUGGAGUAUAUGAUUGUCAUAUAUUCAUAACUUCAUCAUUGUCCUUUCACAGAUUUAUAACGAACCAAUUAAACAACGUGCUCCCAGUUGGCGGUAGAGCGCGGCACUGGUAUCGCAGAGGUCAAGGGUUCGAAUCCUGUACAAGCCUGAAUAUUUUCUUCAGGCUUUCUUUUCACAACUGCAAAAGUUGCAUCUAUAACUGCAAUGAUGUUCUUUCAUAAAAUAAUAUAAAUUCUCAUGCAAUCGUACUGCACCUGCAUAAAAUCAAGAAGAUUGAUUGUUAUAGGAACUGUUUAGUAUCCUGUGUAGCUGACGAGAACAUUUAAGGGAGGAAAAUUAAAGGAAGAGGGGCUGCAAAGUCUUGAGGAAAAUGUGGUGGAGAUGCUUUGAAAAUGUGGUGGAGAUGCUUUGAAGACUAUGGUGUUUUGAAUGGUUUUGUCACUGCAGAAGAAAAUUUUUUUAUUGGCUGAGAACAGGAAUGCAUCAAUCAAAUGCCACCUGAGAGUCCUAUACCUCCCUUAGGAAACAACGCAAAACUCUCACACGCACAAAAACAAUUCUGCAGGCUAUAGAGAUACUUGGUUUACCAGUUGGUGGGGAAUUAAACAUCCACGAAUUUGUUUUGGUUCUGUUUUCCCUUUGUUUCCCAGCUAAGUAAUCCUGGGUCAUACUCAUAGUAACCAAAAGAAAAACUAGCCCCCUGCCCUCUUCUCUUAGUUACAAUCCUGUAUAGGGAAAAGAAUAUAACAAUUUGUUUCAUUACAUAACUGAACUUUCGCCUUUUGCCUAUUGGCACUUGCAGGUGAUGAUAUAAAUGACAUUCUGGAUGCUCAAAACCCCCACUUUGGAGACCUAGAUGAUGAAGACCUCCGGUUGUUUGAUGAAGCAUUUGUUCAAAAAUGCAUUGCUGAACCUGAAGAAUUUGACAGUCUGUACUGUGAAAGCAAUUGUUCUGCAAGCCAUGAGGUAUGGGAUGAUUUAGUGGAAGAAACUGUUUUGGAGGAUGUCAACGAAUUGAAUUUCCCUGCUGCUGGAUCCCAGAGCAGAAUUUUUCUUAUCAACUGGAUACUUUUGUUUAUUUGCUAUUGGUGGAGUUAUUGUAAUAUUGCUGAUCGAGGAACUGAACUCCUUCCCCAGUUUUUGCCUGCUUUUUUUUUCUGUCAUAUCAGAACGCAUUCCAUGGAUGUCAUUGUUUCUUGCAUCAUUUCCAUCAAGUUUAUAUAUACUGAAGAAACAUUUCAACCUCCAUAAGGAUGGCUUUCAAAAGUUUGUGGUUUGCCCAAAGUGCAAUUCUCUCUACAAUUACAACUCUGCUUUUGAGAAAGUAGGUAGUCAAAGAGUUUCCAAGAAAUGCUCGUAUGUUGAGCACAUCGAAAACCAUGCAAUGAAGUUCUCUUGA